AUGGGUCUCGACGAGUCGCCAGAUUCGAGCGCUGCCUUGAACGGACUUCUCAUUGGGUUGCUUUCGUCCCUCGGCUCGGCUUUGGUUAUCGCCCUUGUUUUUCUUGCCAUCUACUUCUUCCGAUGCACCGCUUCUGGUCGCAUCUUGCUCGACAGAAUUGGCCGCCCCGGCGAAUAUGACGACGAGCAAGCUUUUCUACGGGAGGAGGAGGAGGCCCUCGAGUCGAUGGACGAUUUGCAGCGGACGGAAUAUUUGAGAGCCAAGGCUUUUGUCACUGCAAAUCCACCCGAAUCUGUGCAGACAGACAUCUCACUAUCGCAGUACCUGGCCAUUCAAGAAAAGGGAGUCUCUGCAUGGGAGUUUGAGCCCGAGCUCGAAAUUGCGAACUGCUUUGUGGAGGCCCGCACGGAGAUUGAAUUCUUUGACUCCGAAUGCACUGUCAUGUGCAAUUUGCCCGUACCCAAGCAGAACGAAGUGUACUAUUGGGAGGCCAAGAUAUUCGAUAAACCCGAGAACACUUUGAUCAGCAUAGGCAUGGCCACGAAACCAUACCCUUUGUUCCGGUUGCCAGGCUUUCACAAAUAUUCUGUUGCGUACUUAUCGAGCGGCCACCGCCGCAAUAACCAACCGUUCUCUCCGUCUUCCUAUGGUCCCCAGUAUGUGCAGGGCGAUGUUAUUGGCGUCGGCUACCGACCGCGAACGGGUACGAUUUUCUACACGCGCAACGGCAAGAGGCUCGAGGAUGUGGCACACGGUUUGAAAACGCACAACUUCUUCCCGGCUGUGGGCGCAAAUGGCCCGGCUGUUGUGCAUGUGAACCUGGGCCAGGCCGGCUUCGUUUUCGUCGAAGCCAACGUCAAGAAAUGGGGCUUGGCCCCAAUGACGGGCUCUUUAGCGCCUCCGCCGCCUUACGGCUCUGAGCAGGGCAGCAUUCUCCUGGAGACUGGCAGCAAAGACGGCUUCAGCAGCCUUCCCCCCCGCGGCCACGGACACAGCCAAUCGGUCCACACGUACACCACCAACCGGCCGCAGAUGCUCGAUCCCGGCCAUAGCCGAUCAAGGUCUGGCACGUUCCGCGUGCUGCCGCCUACGAGUCCAGGCCCGAUACGCAGCCCGACAGAUAUCUCUCUGGCCCAGUUGGUACCUACAGACGAGGCAGGCGAGGGCAGCAGCAGCAUCACCACGGGUCAAAACGGGCCGUCAGUCGGACUAGGCCUCCAACAUCCGAACAGCCCGCCACCGCCGCAGUACACGAGCCCUCCACAGUCGGAAGACGGCGACAGUCGGCGCAGCAGUACAGAUAGCGAGGACGCUAGCCUAUUGCGCGGCGGACGCAGUCGUGGCACGUCUUCUGCCACGAUAGUCCGCGUGAACUCCCGGAGCGGACCGCCGAUUCCGAGCUACCGCGAUGCAGUACGCCAGGGUGCCGGGCGCGAUCGGAGCGACAGCGCAGUGUCUGGCCGUUGA